UCUGGGAAACCAAAUUGCAGUAUGAAAACCUACAACUGAUGGUGGAUUUUAACACCACAGAGAAAGAUUUUGUUGUGACAAUGUUUCCAGAACAAAUUUUAGUCUAUUUUCCUUAUAUUCUUGCUGCCUUUAUGACCUUUCUUGCAGUAUGCAUUGCAUAUGCUGCCUAUCGCAUCAAUCAGCUUCACAAAAUGUAUGACCACAUUCCAGGACCAGAAAGAACAAGUUUUUGGACUGGAAAUUUGAAUUACAUUACAACAGCAGACAAGGAAGGAAAACAUUUUGGAGAUUUGUUACUUGAUUUAGUAAAGAAGUAUGGACAUACAUUUAAAUUGAUUCUGAUUUUUAAACCAUUAGUGGUUUCAGUAAACCAAGAAGCAGUUAAGGAAUUGUUAGUAACUGGUGGUCACAGGAAGUCAGAUGAUAUCUAUAAAAGAGCAAGCAAAGUAUUUGGAAAAAGAUGUCUUGGUAAUGGACUUGUGACAGAAACCAACAAUGAAAAAUGGAGCCUUAAGAGAAAUCUAAUGAAUCCAGCAUUUAAAAGAGAAUACUUGAUUGAAUUGAUGGGUCCCUUUAAUGAAUGUGUUGAUAAAUUGAUUGUCCAGUUACACAAACUUGCUACUGACCAAUCACCAGUCUGUAUGAUGACACAGUUUUCCAGGACAACGUUAGAUGUACUGUCCAAGGUAGCUUUUGAUAAAGAAGUCAACAGUUUGGAAAAUGAUGACAACCAGUUCCCUACAGCCAUAAGAGGUAUAAUGGAUGGAAUGUCUAUAAAGAAACUAUCACCAUAUGUACAAAAUAGUCCAACUUACUGGUUCUAUAGAAGAAAAGUAAGGAAGAGUGUAGAACUGAUAAGAGAAACAGGCAAACAAUGGAUAAAGGAAAGAAUACAGGCUAUUAACAAUGAUGAGACUGUUCCUAAUGACAUUCUAACACACACAGUUAAAAUGAUGGGUGAAAACACUGAUCUGGAUUUUGAAGAAAUUAUUGAUGACUUCUGCACUUUUUUCAUAGCAGGACAAGACACCAUAUCAACUGCAACAACAUUUGCUGUGAUGUUCUUAGUGCAGAAUCCAGAUAAAAUGAAGAAACUUGUUGAUGAUAUUGAUACUGUUGUUGGAUCCAAAGCUAAGAUAGAUUAUAAUGACUUAGGAAAGAUGAACUAUUUGGACAUGGUAUGGAAGGAAACUUUACGACUCUAUCCACCAAGUAUAUCCACUGUAAGAAUGACAGAGAAGGAUUUUGUCAUUGAUGGAAUUUAUAUUCCAUGUGGUACUGAUAUCAAUCUGAGUACAUACAUAAGUUCAAGACUUCCUGAAUUCAAUGACAGACCUUUAGAAUUUCUACCUGAAAGAUUUGAACCAGAUUCACCUAUAAGGCCCAGUAUCUAUACCUACUACCCAUUUACACUUGGACCUAGGAUCUGUUUAGGACAACAGUUUGCUAAGAUUGAAGGGAAACUCAUAUUGGCAAAGCUGUUUCAAAACUUUGAAGUGAGACUUGAACCUGGACAGUCAUUACAUGUUGUUUUGGAAUCUACCCUUAAAUUGAAGGAUGGGUUGAAAUGUUUCUUAGUACCACGGCUAAAGGAUAAGGAAAAUGACAAGUAACUACAACAGAUUUAUUUACAAAACUACAAAUGUUAAUUCUUAAGUUAAAUUGUGUCAAUGUUAACAAAAAUCACCAUUAUGAUGUUACAUUUGUAAACAGAGAAGAUGGUACAUUAUAGGGCAGCUUUUAAAUCUAGGAAAAUAUCAGAUAACAUCUUUUAUAAUUGUCACAAGAUAUAAGUUUCUAUAGAUUUAGAUUUUUCAUAUUUAUAUUUAAAAAAAAGAAAUCAUAUUAUGAAGUGUUUUGGGUAAGAGUGCAGUGAAUUUUUCAUAUUAUGUCAAUUGGCUGAUAUUUUGACUGUUUAAUAAUGGUCUACUUUAUGUGAAUGUUUUUCUUCAUUCAAAACAAUGUUACUAAAAGAAUUUUAAGCUUUCUUUGGUACUUUCAAGUAAAAAAGAAUACAAAGGUUGGUACUUUCAAGUAAAAAAAGAUACGAAAGUUAAGGGUGAAAGUUUUGAUAAUGUUAAAUUAUAUAAAAGAAAGUCUAUAUCUGAAAAAGCAAAUGAUACCUAAGGCCAUGGGCCAGAAACUUUCAAUGAAUCAGCAAUGAUCAAUAUAAAGUUAGCUCACUGAUAUUUGCUAUAAAGUUUCAUUACUAUCAGUACAGUCUCAUCUUUUUUAUCUUUUUUGAGGCCCUAUCCAUUAGAUCAUAUAUCCAUCCACACAUUAUAAAUCAUUUAACCCCAUCCAAACCCUCAGGAACUAAGUAGCUCAAAUAGCACCUAAUACAUCUCAGUUUGACAAUCAUUUUCCACUCUCUGUCAUGGUUUGGCAACAUUGAAUUAUUAUAAAUUCAGAAAUUAUUGCAUGCAUUUAUUAUUGCGAUUUGUCAUUUUAGACUUAAAUGUGAUUUUAAUUUUUUGCGUUAUUGAAAUAAUCCUGUUUAAUUCAUAUUAAAAUUUUAAAAAUACGAGUUUAAAUUAUUGGGAUUAUGACACACUUGCAUUUUUCGCAAUAAUAAUGUCGCAAUAUUUUCUGAAUUUACAGUAGUUAACCGUGUUGCUCUCUAUCAGAUUGUCUUAUUCUGAUUUUUCUGCCAACAGCAAGGCAUAUCUCUGAGUUAACUGUUUAUAAAUGUAUGAGUAUAUGAUUUAAACAAUGUUUCAAAAGUCAUUAAAUAAGUAUAUUUAUUUAUCU